AUGCGCCAUCACCCAUUGCUGCACACCGGGAAACGUGAGUCUAGUUCAGCUGCUUCGAGCAUCAGAAGUGUUUCUCAUCAGCAUCACCACUCAUCAACGUCCUUCGCUUUGCUACGAUACCUUCCCGUCACGUUGCAUGGGAAUGGCAAGAGCGUAGAGCUGUACGCGUUUCUAGACGAUGGUUCGUCGUCAACCAUGCUUGAGGCCGAGGUAGCCAACCUGCUUGGUGUAAAAGGACCUAACGAGCCACUUUCUCUGGGGUGGACGGGCGAUGUAACAAGGAUCGAGAACGAUUCACAGCGCAUCGAAAUUACAAUUUCCGGUACGAACGAAGACAGGCGUUUCCCGUUAAAAGCGAAGACGGUUGGACCACUAAAGCUGCCAAGUCAAACCAUAGAUUACGAAGAGCUCUGCGAGACCUAUCCUCACUUUAAAAAGCUUCCAUUAACCAGCUAUUUCGAUGCGUCCCCUCGGUUAAUCAUCGGUGUAGAUAACGCUAGAUUGAUCAGAUCUCUCAAAAGUCGUGAAGGUAGUACAGGCGAGUUGAUUGCGUCCAAAACUCGUCUUGGCUGGUGCGUUUAUGGGACACAUACUGCUGGCAUGAGAUUUGUGGAGUACGUGAACGUUCAUGUGGAGUUGGCGGAAAAUGAACCAGUCAUGCACGACCUGUUCAGACAGUUUUUGGCAAUCGAAAAAGCAACCAUCAGUCAGGCUCCACAAUCAGAAGAAGAUAAGCGGGCUUUGAAAAUACUGGAGGAGACCACCAGACGAGUAGACGGAAGAUUUGAAGCUGGGCUGCUGUGGCGAUAUGAAGAACCGUGUCUGCCGAAUAGUUUCCCCAUGGCAGUUCGAAGAAUGGUGGCUCUGGAGAGGAAAUUGGCAAAAGACAGUUUUCUUGAUGGAAAAGUCAGGGAGCAAAUAGCGGAGUACGUUGAGAAAGGAUACGCGCACCGCAUCACUGCUGAAGAGCUAGAGUCUACAGAGCCGGGUCGCGUAUGGUACUUGCCACUAGGGGUCGUACGUAAUCCACGGAAGCCGGGAAAAGUUAGGCUGAUUUGGGAUGCCGCCGCCAGGGUGGAAGGUGUGUCCUUAAACGACCGAAUGCUGAAAGGACCAGAUCUGUUGGCAGCGUUACCCACUAUUCUAACUCGUUUCCGUCAAAAACAAAUUGCUUUCUGUGGAGAUAUUAGGGAAAUGUUCCACCAAUUCCUUAUUCGUCCUAGAGAUCGACAGGCGCAGAGGUUCAUCUUCCGAGAACAUCCGGAUGAAGACCCACAAACCUUUGUAAUGGAUGUCGCCACCUUCGGUGCUGCGUGCUCGCCAUGCAUUGCGCAGUACUUGAAGAAUAAGAACGCGAAGGAAUAUGCAGAACAAUUUCCCGAAGCGGCAAAAGCAGUCAUCGAAAACCAUUAUGUCGAUGACUACCUCGACAGCGUGGAUACGGUAGAAGAAGCAGUGAAGCUGAUUGAAGAAGUGAAAUAUCUACAUUCCAUGGCCGGAAUGGAGAUUCGGAACUUUUCGUCGAAUUCUGCCGAAGUAUUUGAGCAAAUUGGACAGCCCAACAACGUUCAACAUAAAGUUUUGAGCCCGGAAUCAAGCACUCAAAGAGUGCUUGGCAUUAUUUGGAGAUCAACCGAAGAUGUGCUCAGUUUCGACAUAAACCUGAAGGAAGAGAUUCGUGGCAUUGUGGAGCGUCAGGAAGCGCCAACAAAACGUCAAGUGCUAUGCACAAUAAUGUCGCUAUUUGAUCCAUUGGGACUUGUAGCACACUUCACAAUUCAAGGGAAAAUCAUUAUGCAGCGGAUCUGGAGAACUGGAGCUACAUGGGACGAAGCAAUUUCUGGAGAAAUCUUGGAAGAUUGGAGAAAGUGGAGCAGUAUGCUGGAAAAGUUGAGUGAAGUUCGUGUGCCAAGAUGCUUUUUUGCGAUCGGAUCUACUACGCCGAAGGAUGCUCAAAUCCACGUUUUUGUUGAUGCCAGUGAGAACGCAUACGCUUGUGUGGCGUACAUCCGUAGUUCUUGCAGUGGUAUACCACGGUGUACAAUAAUGGCAGCCAAAACGAAGGUCGCACCACUGAAACCCAUCUCAAUUCCGCGGCUGGAGCUGCAAGCAGCUCUGAUUGGAACUCGCCUUCUGGACAGUAUUUGCAAGUCGUUGACGAUACCUAUUGCUGCAAGAUAUCUGUGGACAGACUCUACGACCGUACUUGCAUGGCUGAGGUCGGAGACCAGACGUUAUCAUCAAUUCGUCGGUCUACGAAUCGGAGAAAUUUUAGGCACAACUACUGUGGACGAGUGGAGAAAGGUGCCGUCUAAAAUAAAUGUAGCCGAUCAAGCGACGAAGUGGAGGGACGGUCCCAAAUUUGACCCGGAGGAUUGGUGGUACGCUGGACCGAGUUUCCUGAAGGAAUCUGAAGAAGUGUGGCGUAUGCAGAAGGAUGAACAAUUUGCAACAACGGAAGAUCUACGAAACGCCUUUCUGCAUCAUCGAGUAGUACAGGUACCGCUCAUAGACGUUAGCCGUUUCUCAAAAUGGUCGAGGCUACACAGGACGGCUGGAUACGUAGUACGAGCUGUGGAGCUGUUUCUAGGAUUGAACACAAAAGGUCCGUUAACGCAGGAGGAACUGCAGAAAGCCGAAUGCCUCAUUUGGAGACAGGCACAAAUGCAAGGGUAUCCAGACGAGUAUAGUGUACUGACGUAUAACAAGGAGUAUCCGGAUAAGGAGCCCGGACAGAUCAACAAAACCAGUCCUUUAUAUAAGAUGACCCCAGUACUGGAUGAAGAUGGAGUGAUGCGGAUGGACAGCCGCAUAUCUGCGGCUCCUAGGGAACAGCUUCAAACAAUUAACGAGAACUGCUCUUUAAGCUUCACAAACUCUUGUACUAAAUGGCUGUUCAACCCACCCUUAGCGCCCCAUAUGGGAGGUUCGUGGGAGCGAAUGGUGAGGUCGGUGAAAACAGCUAUGGAAGCUAUUGCGGAUCACCCACGGCACCCCAGCGAUGAAGUGCUCGAAACUAUAGCGAUCGAAGCUGAGUCAAUCGUGAACUCCCGGCCACUCACAUAUAUACCACUGGACAACGCAGAACAGGAGGCUUUAACGCCCAACCAUUUCCUGCUGUACGGGACACAGGGCAUUAACCAACCUAGUCGAGACAUGGGGGCUGAGUACACGACUCUAAGGGACAGCUGGAAGUUAGCGCAAUAUUUGGUGGAUAUAUUCUGGCAACGCUGGGUGCGCGAAUACCUACCUACCUUAGCAAGACGUACCAAAUGGUUUCGGCCAGUUAAGCCUAUGAAGCCGGGCGAUUUGGUAGUGGUAGUCGACGAAGGAAAGCGGAAUGGAUGGCUGCGGGGCAGAAUUGUUGAAGUGAUGCCAGGCAAGGACGGUCAAGUACGCAAGGCCAUAGUUGAGACUAAUAAGGGACUGGUCAGCCGACCCGUGGUUAAGCUAGCAGUACUGGAUGUGCGGCAAACGAAUGGAGAACCGGAAAAGGACGAAUUUGCGAACCGGAACUACACGGGGAGGGGAAUGUUGGCGAACCCCUCGACGAUUUCGCCGGCCGAAGAGUGA